GAUGACAGAUUAACCUUUUAAAAUCUUGUUGUUUUAAAGUUAUUUUUGUUUUAUUUUAUGUGUUUUGAAUACGCUUUCAUAAAAUAUUUUUCUCUUGAAAAUGGACGAACAAACCUCGUCACAAAACGAAGAUAAUAACGAGACUCAACUUAUAGAACUAGCAAAAACAAAACCAGAAGGUAUUUCAAAUAGCGACAUUAAGGAACAUAUGCCCAGUUUACCCAUGCUCGAACUAACAACCAUUAUAAAUAAAUUACUUAAGAAUGGAACUCUAGAAUUAUUUAAAACAAAAGAUAAUAACCUUUUAUAUAAGUUUAAAGACCCUUCUAAAAGAGGAAACGUUAAGGGAGCAGAUAACGAAGAAAAGAUCGUAUAUAAAAUUGUGGAAGAAGCUGGAAACAAAGGAAUAUGGAUAAGAGAUAUUAGAUUCAAGUCAAAUUUAAACAUGACACAACUGAAUAAAGUUGUAAAAAGCUUGGAAACAAAAAAACUGAUCAAAGCUGUUAAAUCUGUUUCUGCCAGUAAAAAAAAGGUUUAUAUGCUUUUCGAAUUGGAGCCUGACAAUUCAGUCACUGGAGGUGCUUGGUAUCAAGACCAGGACUUUGAGAGUGAAUUUGUGGAUGUUUUAAACCAACAAUGCCAUAGAUUCUUAGUUGAAAGACUUGAAGAAGCUACUAAGCAAGGAGGGGGUCCAUUGCUAGUCCGUAAUCGUUCCUACGCGUCUGCCACAGAUGUUCACAAGUUUAUUUCUGACUUAGGAAUUAGUAAAGUGUCUCUCAGUAUUGCUGACAUUGAGAGCAUACUUUAUACUGUAGUUUUGGACAACAAUGCCGAACGAAUCACCAAUACAAAUGGUAUAUUCCUAUAUAAAGCCACAAAUAAAUUUCUAACAGUUCCAGGGCUGGCCAAAACCACCUGUGGUGUAUGCCUCAUAAUUGAUAGGUGUGCCAAUACAGGUUUAGUGAAUCCUAGAGCUUGUCCAUAUUUAACUGAAUGGUUGGAAACUAGCUAGUUUAUAUUUUGUAUUAUCAGUAAAAUGUAUUUGUUUUAAAUAAAAAUAUAAAAAUUU